GGAUAGUUGAAACUUAUACGCCAUGAUGACAGCUCUCAGAACACAUCCGGAAAGAAGUAUAUAUAUACACAGCCAGCGAGUGUCUCUGCUCAUUCCCGUCCUCUAACCUUCAGACUUGACACAGCGUGCUAGGUGAUCCAUCAUGAAGCUGUUGACUUAUCUCAUCCUGACGGCGACGCUGCUGGUGCUGCUAGUCGGUGCUGCCCCACCCCCGGACAACAACCCAUUUGAUAUCUGUUUGAAUGAGACAUUGAAACAAACUCUAAGAAAUAAACUGUGCGCCAGCGUGGAGAUAUCAGAGAAAGAGUGCGAGAGCAAGAAAGAGGAAAUAGAGCAGUGCAAGAGAAACUUAUACGAUGACAACGAAGUUACGAAGAAUAUUAUCGAAGCCUCAGCAGAAUGCAUGACGUCUAUCGCCAGCAUCAACAUUACUCCUGCAGACCAAGCUGACCUCAAGACGUAUAUGGCAUUUCUGAACCAAAUUAUUCCUGCCAAUAAAGACACCGUGUGUAGCAAGAUAGAAGCUCUGACGGACUGCUUCAAGACCAAGUCGAAUAUGUACCAGCUUGUCAAGGACUGCCUCGACCAGAAUGAAUAACCCAACUGAAGUGUCAGAACACCCGAAGAGCGCUGUCUGCAACUCGCUGAGAGCACUUGCAACGCAGUGAGAACACUUGCGACUCCCAAAGAAAAACUGCAACUCCCUGAGAACACUUGCAAGGAUUCCCUCAUGCCCUUUCUCCAUUACCUGUUUUUCUUUGCUAUUUCUGCUAAAAUCUGCCUGAGGAGAACUUGAAGACAUUCUCUUAGACUUUCACGUUGUGUCUAUCACACUGGUGACACCCUCUUAGAAACAUUAUGUCUGUCACUCAGGUGACACCCUGACACCCUCUUAGACACAUUGUGUCUAUCACUCUGGUGACACCCUCUUAGACACAGUGCGUCUGUCACUCAGGUGACAACCUCUCAGACACAUUGUGUCUAUCAUUCUGGUGACACCCUCUUAGACACAAUGUGUCUGUCACUCAGGUGACACCCUCUUAGACACAAUGCGCCUAUCACUCUGGUGACACCCUCUUAGACACAAUGCUCCUAUCACUCUGGUGACGGACACAGAUUCAGGUGUCUUCUACACCCACAGUUGUUUAUUAAAAAAAAAAUAUGCACACUUAUAUAUUACGUUUCUUUUCCUGCACAUUAAAUGAUUUAGCAAAGUUGUGUUGAUUUUCCCAUCUUCAAUUUUAUUGUAUAAUUUUAAUGACUAAUUGUGUAGAUAAACAAUGACUGAGAUUUAUUAAUUAACCUGGGCACCAGUAACCUGUCACGUGAUCAAUAUAUAUUUUAUUUUAUUGAGUAAAACUGGACACAUCGGCAGUGUGCCGCUACCAUAUUCUAUAUGAUAGUUAUACUGUAUUGGUCACAUACAGUAUUGGUCACAUGCAGUAUUGGU